AUGUGGUUAGUCAGUGAGCGUCGGGGCCGAGCCGACGGCGACGGCACGGAGCACGAGUUUCGAAGCGCGGGAGAGCCGCGCUGCUCGCUCAGCCAGCGCGCCGGCCACAGCACGGUGGAGUUCAAGAGCUCGGCGUGCGCGGGGGCCGUGGAGCCGCCCGCGCCGCCUCUCGCCGCCCUGCCGGACCCUCAGCAGUUCAACAUCUUCCCGGCCUUCUUCAGCCGCCAGCUCAACUUCAGCGCUGGCGGCGGUGGUAGCCAGGGAUCCAAAAUUAUGGAAGAGCUACGACCAAACUUAGUGGGUGGCUUACUCGGCAUGCCGGGACUCCUCGACGAGCAUCAGUCCGACGCCAAAUUCUUACAAUCAGGAGGAGAAAGCAAGUACACACCGGACAAGGGUCGAAAGUGCAGUAAUGCGUCGUCAUCGUCUGCAGAGGAGUUCGGUGGUCUUUACGGUGGCGAUCACGCGGCAACGCCGCCAGCGCCGUUGCAUAGUCGAUCCUUACAGGACCACACAGCUGAAGGAGCGUUCAAAAAGUUAAAACCUGAGCCGGGUGGGACAGGUUCAUCGGGAGGUACCUCAGCGUUGUCCCCGUCCCUCGGUCCCCAGCACGCGGGACACACGCCCACCACAGCGUCCUGUCCCACUCCCGCAAGACGGCGCCACAGGACGACGUUUACGCAGGAACAAUUAGCGGAAUUAGAAGCGGCAUUCGCGAAAUCCCACUACCCUGACAUUUACUGCAGAGAAGAGUUGGCGCGGACAACGAAGCUUAACGAAGCGAGGAUACAGGUCUGGUUUCAAAAUCGUCGAGCGAAGUAUCGCAAGCAAGAAAAGCAGCUACAGAAGGCCCUCGCGCCAGCGGUGCUCCCUGGCUGCAACGGGAUGAUGAGGAACAUCCAGGGCUACAGAGGGUACCAGCCUUAUCCUCACCCGAACACUAUCAACAGAUAUCCGCAGCAUCACGGAAGCUACGAGGAGCUUCAGAAGGAUAUCUUCUCACUGUCACAAAUGGGUGGCGGGUCGUACCCCAUGCCACAGGGUUUCUCCAUGGGUCAUAGCGCAAACAUGAGCGCCGUUGGCAUGCGCCAGGACACUAUGGGUAUGAGUGCAGAAGACGAAUGGUACAACAAAUCUCUCUCCGCUCUCCGGAUGAACAGCGGUCACCAUGCAAACCUGGCAGCAGCGCCUAUGUUGCAGUACCAGACCUAA